AUUGUCGGAAUCUAAACGCCCAAACGUCGUCGUUUCGCCCGCCACCGGCACCGUCUACUCUCCUGCUUCUCUCUCUCUCUCUCUUCUCCCGUCCUCAGUUUUUGUAGCAGAGAGCUCUGAAUCAAAGCAAACCUUCCUGUUCACCAAACCAAAAUUUGAAUUUUUUCAAUUUCUUUAUAAGUUUUUCUUUUCCUUUCCUCGUUGUUGCUAAGGAUUACAAGCUUGUUUACUCGCGCUCUGGCUUAUUGGAAGCAGCUUUUUGCUCCGAGUUUUGGAGAUUUGAAUUGGUCCAGCCCAGUAAUGAGACUUUAGUUGUUGCCCUUCCGAUAAUUAUUUAGUCGAUAAUGGAAAAGGUAUCUACGGACUGUCCUUAUCCAGGAUGUUUCUUUUGUGUCAUGAAGGAAGGAAAUCCAAGUAAGCGGAAAGCAAGUAUCCUGAAAUUCUUUAGAGAGCUUCCUUCUCAGGACGAUGAUGGUCAAGUUCUCCCCAUUAGUGGCCUUUGGAACACAGCCAUGGCACAUCCUAACGAUCCUGAAUUUAUCGAAUUGGGAAUAUUUGAAUGUAUGUCUGCACUUAUAUGGAAGGGACUGAAAAAUCGCCGCUGGCUUUCUCACGACCAAAAUAUUUACAUUCCAUAUUAUGCAGCACAUAUCAUUGGAUCCUACACCAUGAACAUGGAGGAGUUUGCUGAAAGUGCUGUGCAUGCCGGGGUAAUUCCACCGCUAGUUGAACUUCUGAGGGGAAGAUUGACUUGGGUUGAACAGAGGGUAGCUGUUCGUGCCCUCGGACAUCUGGCUACAUAUGCAACUACUUUCCCUUCCGUGGCUAGCCACACUGAGAUACUCGAGCUCUCAAUUCAACUGGCAAUGAGUUCUCUUGAAAUUGUUUAUACUCACUUUUACCAGUAUGUGGACAGAAGGCUCAGUUAUCAUUGUGAUCUGCUCACUCGUGGAAUGGGAGGGGUCGAAAUGGAAUCCAGGAAAGCAGAGGAAUGGGCUAGUCAGUUACAGUGUUGGUCCUUACAACUCAUCAACUGCUUUGCAUUUAAACCCGAGUUUCUUCCAACUAUAUGCAAGCCCGAAUUCCUAGUAAAGCUACCUGGAAUGUGGGGCGGUCUCGUUAAUGAAAAUUCACCUGCUGGUAUUGGUUUAUUAAGAACAAUCUGCCAUCACAAGCUUGGUAGGGCACCUGUUGCUAGCUGUCCGAGUAUUAUCGAAGCCUUGUGUAACAUUGCCCGCUCUUCGGAUGAUUGGCAGUCUAUGGCUAUUGACUGUCUAAUGUGGUUGCUUCAGGAUCCAAAUACAAGUCAUAAGGUGAUCGACAAAGCCGCACCUGCACUUCUGGAUCUUGCAGAGAUAUCAUCUCUGGGUGAUCACAGAAAACUGGGGGAAUCCAUAGUUAAUGUUCUUCAAGAAUGUGUGCAAUCACAAGGGGCUGGACGCAGUUCGAUCAACAGCCGUACAAAGGAACAGAUUGAGGAACUACUAAAAUCAAGGCAGAGACUCAAGUGGGAAAAGAACAUGCCAAAAGAGGACCUUCGAAUCAAACAGGCCGCAGCACUAGUAAUCAAGCUCGAAGGAAAUUCCAUGUUUUCAUCAGGAAAUAUAUCUGCAGCUGCAUCCAAGUACUCCGAAGCACUAGCAUUAUGUCCGAUGAGAUCCAAAAAGGAACGAGUCGUUCUGUACAGUAACCGUGCUCAGUGUUAUCUUCUGUUGCAGCAGCCCUUGGCUGCCAUUGGUGAUGCCACACGGGCACUCUGUCUCCACAACCCUGUAAACCGUCAUGCCAAAAGUCUUUGGAGAAGAGCUCAGGCAUAUGACAUGCUUGGCUUGGCAAAAGAAAGCCUCUUGGAUGCCAUUUUGUUCAUAAACGAGUGCUCUCAGUCCAAUGAUCCCGAUCUUUCGUUAAGACAAAACAAGGUUCCUGACUACGCAGAACGACUUGUUAAGAAGCAGAUGCGUGCAGCUUGGCUAUUCAGGGAGGCAGCUAUUAAACAUGGCAAUGUCCAAUGUGAAGAUGGCGCUGGGGAUAUCUAUGGUAGAGAGACUGAUGAUUCUGAAUGGGAGACAGCCAGUGAAAGUGAUAUAGGAAACGAUGGAAGGGACGAAAUGGGAGAUGAAGAAGACGACGAUGACGAAGACUGUGAAUGGAAAGAUGAAGAUAAAUAUGAGUCAACCAAAGAGAUGAAGCAUGGCUAUAAAGUGCAGCUUGCUGAGAAUGAAGCAUAAAUUAGAGGAAUCACAAACUGAGUUGCAGGAUCUGAAGAAGAAGUCAUCUUUCAAAUCAUUGUUCAAAAAGUAAAACUUGAUUUCCUUUUUGUUCUUACUAGUUUUCUUCUCUCUCAUGGUUUCAUUGCCCCCAAAUUUAAUUUUCAAUCGAAUCCCCAACUGUAGAAAAUGAAUUAGGAAUGUCUAGAWGAUUUUCUCUCCCUUUUUUUCUUUCUUUCUCAGAGUGAUUAUAAGAGGUUUGUGUACAUAGACAAUUCCAUGUGUUCUUUAUUUUUAAACUGCAAAUUCCAAUCUUAUCAUUGAUUUUCUUUCGUGAA